AUGUACGACCCUGGAGAGCGCACCUCUCCUCUCAUUCAUCAAUUAUUCACUCCCUUCCUCCUCCUUCCCCACUCCACGCUCCCCUACAGAUGUACCACCCUGGCGAGCGCACCUCUCCUCUCAUUCAUCAAUUAUUCACUCCCUUCCUCCUCCUUCCCCACUCCACGCUCCCCUACAGAUGUACGACCCUGGAGAGCGCACCUCUUCUCUCAUUCAUCAAUUAUUCACUCCCUUCCUCCUCCUUCCCCACUCCACGCUCCCCUACAGAUGUACCACCCUGGCGAGCGCACCUCUCCUCUCAUUCAUCAAUUAUUCACUCCCUUCCUCCUCCUUCCCCACUCCACACUCCCCUACAGAUGUACGACCCUGGAGAGCGCACCUCUCCUCUCAUUCAUCACUUAUUCACUCCCUUCCUCCCCCUUCCCCACUCCACGCCCCCCUACAGAUGUACGACCCUGGAGAGCGCACCUCUCCUCUCAUUCAUCAAUUAUUCACUCCCUUCCUCCUCCUUCCCCACUCCACGCCCCCCUACAGAUGUACGACCCUGGAGAGCGCACCUCUCCUCUCAUUCAUCAAUUAUUCACUCCCUUCCUCCUCCUUCCCCACUUCACGCCCCCCUACAGAUGUACCACCCUGGAGAGCGCACCUCUCCUCUCAUUCAUCAAUUAUUCACUCCCUUCCUCCUCCUUCCCCACUCCACGCCCCCCUACAGAUGUACCACCCUGGAGAGCGCACCUCUCCUCUCAUUCAUCAAUUAUUCACUCCCUUCCUCCUCCUUCCCCACUUCACGCCCCCCUACAGAUGUACCACCCUGGAGAGCGCACCUCUCCUCUCAUUCAUCAAUUAUUCACUCCCUUCCUCCUCCUUCCCCACUCCACGCCCCCCUACAGAUGUACCACCCUGGAGAGCGCACCUCUCCUCUCAUUCAUCAAUUAUUCACUCCCUUCCUCCUCCUUCCCCACUCCACGCCCCCCUACAGAUGUACCACCCUGGAGAGCGCACCUCUCCUCUCAUUCAUCAAUUAUUCACUCCCUUCCUCCUCCUUCCCCACUCCACGCCCCCCUACAGAUGUACCACCCUGGAGAGCGCACCUCUCCUCUCAUUCAUCAAUUAUUCACUCCCUUCCUCCUCCUUCCCCACUCCACGCCCCCCUACAGAUGUACCACCCUGGAGAGCGCACCUCUCCUCUCAUUCAUCAAUUAUUCACUCCCUUCCUCCUCCUUCCCCACUCCACGCCCCCCUACAGAUGUACCACCCUGGAGAGCGCACCUCUCCUCUCAUUCAUCAAUUAUUCACUCCCUUCCUCCCCCUUCCCCACUCCACGCCCCCCUACAGAUGUACGACCCUGGAGAGCGCACCUCUCCUCUCAUUCAUCAAUUAUUCACUCCCUUCCUCCUCCUUCCCCACUCCACGCCCCCCUACAGAUGUACCACCCUGGAGAGCGCACCUCUCCUCUCAUUCAUCAAUUAUUCACUCCCUUCCUCCUCCUUCCCCACUCCACGCCCCCCUACAGAUGUACCACCCUGGAGAGCGCACCUCUCCUCUCAUUCAUCAAUUAUUCACUCCCUUCCUCCUCCUUCCCCACUCCACGCCCCCCUACAGAUGUACCACCCUGGAGAGCGCACCUCUCCUCUCAUUCAUCAAUUAUUCACUCCCUUCCUCCUCCUUCCCCACUCCACGCCCCCCUACAGAUGUACCACCCUGGAGAGCGCACCUCUCCUCUCAUUCAUCAAUUAUUCACUCCCUUCCUCCUCCUUCCCCACUCCACGCCCCCCUACAGAUGUACCACCCUGGAGAGCGCACCUCUCCUCUCAUUCAUCAAUUAUUCACUCCCUUCCUCCUCCUUCCCCACUCCACGCCCCCCUACAGAUGUACCACCCUGGAGAGCGCACCUCUCCUCUCAUUCAUCAAUUAUUCACUCCCUUCCUCCUCCUUCCCCACUCCACGCCCCCCUACAGAUGUACCACCCUGGAGAGCGCACCUCUCCUCUCAUUCAUCAAUUAUUCACUCCCUUCCUCCUCCUUCCCCACUCCACGCCCCCCUACAGAUGUACCACCCUGGAGAGCGCACCUCUCCUCUCAUUCAUCAAUUAUUCACUCCCUUCCUCCUCCUUCCCCACUCCACGCCCCCCUACAGAUGUACCACCCUGGAGAGCGCACCUCUCCUCUCAUUCAUCAAUUAUUCACUCCCUUCCUCCUCCUUCCCCACUCCACGCCCCCCUACAGAUGUACCACCCUGGAGAGCGCACCUCUCCUCUCAUUCAUCAAUUAUUCACUCCCUUCCUCCUCCUUCCCCACUCCACGCCCCCCUACAGAUGUACCACCCUGGAGAGCGCACCUCUCCUCUCAUUCAUCAAUUAUUCACUCCCUUCCUCCCCCUUCCCCACUCCACGCCCCCUACAGAUGUACCACCCUGGAGAGCGCACCUCUCCUCUCAUUCAUCAAUUAUUCACUCCCUUCCUCCUCCUUCCCCACUCCACGCCCCCCUACAGAUGUACCACCCUGGAGAGCGCACCUCUCCUCUCAUUCAUCAAUUAUUCACUCCCUUCCUCCUCCUUCCCCACUCCACGCCCCCCUACAGAUGUACCACCCUGGAGAGCGCACCUCUCCUCUCAUUCAUCAAUUAUUCACUCCCUUCCUCCUCCUUCCCCACUCCACGCCCCCCUACAGAUGUACCACCCUGGAGAGCGCACCUCUCCUCUCAUUCAUCAAUUAUUCACUCCCUUCCUCCUCCUUCCCCACUCCACGCCCCCCUACAGAUAUGUACCACCCUGGCGAGCGCGCCUCUCAUGCUGCAUACAUGGACUCCUACAGCCCCUCGCUCCCGUCCGUGCCUCUCGGGUCGCGGUAUGAUCCCCAUCGCUACAACCACCACCAGCUAGAACAUGCCAUGACCACAAUGGCUGGUCUGCAUGACGAGGACCCUUCCCGUCCCUCUCCUUCCUCCCGUCCCCCCAACCCGCCGGCCCAUGCACAUGCCUCUGGCUGCCCCUACCUUGCUGCCGCAGCAGCUGCUGCACACUCGGGUGCUCCCCCUUCCUCUUCCCGCUCCCCCGCUCCUCCUCCUGCCUUCGCCCAUCCACUCUUUCCUGGCUCUUCCCACAAUCAUUCCGUCCCACAACACCAGCGCCAUCACCAGCAGCAGCAGCAGCAGCAGCAGCAGCGGCCGCAUUUGCCCCACCCCAUGCACCACCAUCCUGCGUCCGGGGGGUUUGCUGGUUCAAACUCGGGGCAGGAAAUGGAGUGGGAGGCCUGGGAGCACGCACAUCCUGCCACUAGAUCAUGGUGGCACGAGGGUUUCCCCCCUCCCCGCAUGCAGCAGGAGCCAUUUCCCCCUCCCCGCAUGCAGCAUCAGGAGAUUUUCCCCUCCUCGGGCCUGUAUGAGGAGACCUUUCUGCUUUCCGGCCUGUAUCAGGAGAGUUUUCCUCCUUCCCACCUGGAGCAGCAGGAGGACGGGCGAAGGGUAAGAAUGUGGGAGGGCAGGCCCAUGGGCAGAGGGAUGCAUGAAGAGGACCCCUCCUUCCCCCAACCCCGUCACCACCGCGCCAUGCGUCCCUCGCCUCUCCCUUCGCCGUCUCAAAUCCCCUCUCCAAGACCCUCCCGCAUGCACCCGCUGCCGCAGCCUCGCCAGACUAAUCACCCACCGUCCUCUGGUGCUGCAACGAUCUAUGGGGGGGGGCCUGGUGCAGCAAGCUCUCCUCUCCCUUCGCCUUCUCAAAUCCCCUCUCCAAGAUCCUCCCGCAUGCACCCGCUGCCGCAGCCUCGCCAGGGCAAUCACCCUCCACCACCACCACCUCGCAUCCCCCAAACACACCCCUUGGGCCCCCGCCAAGUACCUCCCCCACACCAUGUGCCACCGCACCUCCAAGCACACCCCUUGGGCCACCAGCAGGGAUCAGAAAAUCCCUUGUCACGUCACCAGGGCAGUUACGGGCAGUCUCGUAUGCCUCCUGAUGGUGGGGUUGGUGGUGGUGGGGGAAGCUAUGGUGUAGGGCGCGGGGGAGAGAGUGCGCGUGGGGAGCGGAGGUGGGGAGGAGGAGGUGAGGCGGGAGGGAGGGGAUGGGGAUCAGAGGGAGCGGCAGGAUUGAGUGGUGCUUCUGCUGGUGCUGCUGGUAAUGGUGCUGCUGCUGCCUCUUCUGCUGUCGGUGGUGGUGGCAACGUCAGUGGUGGUGCUGCUGCUACUGGUGGCAGCGGCGUGGGUGCGGUGAACUGGCAGCGGGAGGAAAAUUCAUCAAGCCUACGCACUGCCGGUUCUGCUGCACCCGCUGCUGAUCCCACCGCCCCGCCUCCCCUCUCUGCUACGACUGCCGCCCCCUGGUUAUCCCGCAUGCGCUCCUCCCAGCACCCAGAACGGUUCACAGGCGGCCCUCCCUUCGCCUCCUCUGAUUUCCCCCGGGACUCCAGAUACCGCUGUCUGCUCUGCCCGUCCUCUUCCUCUGCCUCCAUCACCACCGCGCACCUCUCCCUCCUCCCACACCGCCCGCUCUUCCUGGACAUUAUUCGUCUGAGGGAUCACAUGCUGCUCAGCCAUGGGGUCGACCCGCUCCCCGCCCACAUGCCAUUAGCCCUGCUUUGA